AUGCAGAUUAAACAAAAAAAAUAUAAAGUUCAAUAUGAAUACGUUAGCAAAGAUAAUUUCAAUGAAAAGAAAAAAUAUGUAAUAUUAGAUCCUUCAAAAAAUCAUUCAAUAAUUUCAUUAAAUCGAUUAAAGAAUGAUGGUAUUGAUACGAAUAAAAUUUCAUUUAAACCAGUUUAUUUAACUCAAGAUGUGAAAAUUUUAACUAAAUUAGAAUUAAAUCUUUUAAUUGGUAAAGAAAAAAUUGAGAAAAAGAUAUCAAUUAUGAUCUCAGAAGAAUUGAAUGAUCAAUUUUAUUUAGGAAAUGAUUUUUUAUCAUCUUAUUCAAUAAGUGAAAAUGAUAAUACAAUAAGAUAUAAUUUAAUUCAAAUAGGUCAAGAAAUAGAAAUAGAAGAAAUUCUUGACGAAAAUGAUGAUAUUUUUGGAGAAGAAAUUCAAGAUAUUAUGAAUGAAAAUGAUAUUAUCAACGAAGAAAAUAUUCCUAUCAGAAAUCAACAGCUUAAAUUAAAUUUUAAAAAUAUUUUUUUUAUUAUUAUUUCUUUAAUUAUUGCCAUGUUUGCAGUCAAAUAUCAAUAUAUGUUGAAUUUUAAAUCACCAGCCACGGAUUUGUCAUCUACAGAUUUAUCACUUGAACAAUUUGAAUUUAAUUUUGACGAAUCAGAGAAAUUAGAGGAAAUAGAACAAGAAAGCAAUUCAUUUGAAAUAUUACCUGUAGAAUGUUUUAAUACUAUCUGUGACUGUCCAGAGUCAAAGGAGGAAACAAAGAAGAAAAAUAUUAAGAAAAAAUCAACGAAGAGACCAACGAAACAAUCAACGAAACAAUCAACGAAACAAUCAGAGAAGAAACUAACGAAGCAAUCAACGAAGAGACCAACGAAACAAUCAACGAAACAAUCAGAGAAGAAACCAACGAAGCAAUCAACGAAGAGAUCAACGAAACAAUCAAAGAAACCAACGAAGAGAUCAACGAAGCGAUCAAUUAAGAGAUCAAUGAAGAAUAAAUCAAAGAAACAGGGGAGAAUUUCGCAAAUCAUGAGAAAAUUUAUUCGAUAUAUGUGA